AUGCUUCGUGCUGCCGGCUGGCGCACGAUAUGGCGAACCGCGCCGCCAUCGCGUGUUGUAAUAGGAGGUGCUGCACUUGUGACAGGAAUCGCCUAUGUCUCAUCACCGUACCUGCUUGAUUCCCCUCUAGACCAUGCUGGUUCGGCGUCCGAGCACCGCUUUCCCUUGUGUUCCCUGUUUGCAUGGGGAAUGAACAAGAAUAAGGUCGCAGCACCACAUCUCAAAGAUACUGUGGUAAGACUUCCUGAAAAUUUUCAGUCCCUUGAUGGAAUGGCUCUACGCGAUGUCCAAUUUUCGAAUGAUGUAGGUGUGGCUGUUGAUGCCUCUGGAAACAUCUUGCAGUGGGGCACCGGUUUUGACCCUGUAUCGCCAUGUCCAAGCCAAACUUUGACCGGACUUGAUAUUGAGCGUGUGCAAAUCUCUGGGUCUAAAGUAUUUGCAUUGUCUCGUUCCGGCCAUGUGUAUGUUUUUGCAACACAGCGCUCUAAGCUCAUACGCGACGCUUCAUCAUGGUUUUCAUCCCCGUUUGAUUAUAUCCAACUCAAGGCCAACGAAAGGUUCAAAGAUAUUGCUGCAGGUGAGCAUCAUGUUCUGGCUCUUAGUCGUGAUGGACAUGUGUACUCAGUUCCUGCUGACGACUUGGCCAAUGAAUUUGGUCAGCUAGGAUAUUCAAGCGUAUCCCUCACACAGCGUGACUCGUUCAAACGCGUCGAGGCGCGUCUUGAGCCUCGAAUUGUCCUUAAUAGGCGCCGUUCUGAUGCCUUAGAGACCCCUCAUAAGGAUAUUGUGGACUCAUCUGACAUCCGGUAUGCGCCUGAGUUGCGCCCUGUACCCUCUCUCCACGGUGCCACAUUUGCUCAGAUCGACGUGGGCUCAAAUCAUUCGGUGGCUCGCACCGCCGAAGGACGCGUGCUGACAUGGGGCUACAACGGAUUCGGACAACUCGGUCUUGGUGCUAAUAUUUCCGUUGAUACGGUAGCUGUGCCGAGUGAAGUAGCAUGGCCUGUAUCUAUCGUGGGUCGAAAUGCUUCUUGCAGUUGUGUGGCGGCUGGCGGAAACAACACAUUUUUCGUGAUUCAAAGCUCCAAUGCGCCGAUAUUAUCGGAUGAAAAGGGUGCCUUAUCCAAGGAGCGAGUGGAUGUUUUGGCAGUCGGAAGCGGGCAACGUGGUACUCUCGGUAAUGGACAGCGCAGUCAAGUGUGUGGUGUGCCUACGCGAGUAAAAAACGUGUCAGGCCUAUACGAAUACUCGGAACGUGAAAAGCGUCUAUGUCCUAUUCAAGUGCAUGCCUUGACAGUAGGCGCUGGUGGUCAGUGCGCCCUUGUCAUGGACGCUCCUCCGUUAAGCCAGGAUGAAACACGUCGUGACGUCUAUGUGUGGGGCGACAAUGAUGCAUCACAGCUUGGAAUGGGUGGAAAGGGUCACAGGGCCGUCCCCUCAUUACUCACACACACACCACCCUCCAACCAAGAUGAUAAAGAGCAACCAGCACCACAACGCAUACUGCUAGUUGAACGUAACAAAGUGCGUGGCUCUUCGUGGGAUGGGAAAGAACGCACCUAUUCGCGCGUGGAGCAGCGUAUUGUGGCAGGUGGGUCUUGUGUUGGUGUUUAUACAAAAGUAUAA